UGACGAAGGUUGAAUAUUUAUCAAAGAAGAUGACUGCUAGCAGAUUGAGCGAAAAUAGAGUCAAAGUGGAUGAUGGACAUGAAGAGAAACGAACAAAUUCUUCAAGGAUUUUGGUUACUUGUACGUUUCCAAAAUGGAGGUCAUGGCGAUUAGUUUAUCAUGUACUUUUAUUUGUUGUUUUGAUUGCGCCGCCUGGAAGAUGUGCCAGAGAUUCCAAUCGUUCGACAGUAAAUAAGAAACGAACAGCAGCUAAUGUUAAUAUUACUUAUAUAGAUAAUGGAAUGACUCAUGUUUUAUUCCAAAAAGCCAAAGAACUUGGCCAUUUCAGUGUUAACAGCAAAAUUGCUCCGGAAUCUGGAGAAGUAGUAAGAGUGAUGACGAUUGAAAAUAAUACUGAUGGAUGUAAUGAUCUGAUUAAUCAUAUACCCUCAAGGAAUUGGAUUGCUUUAAUCCAAAGGGGAAAUUGUUCUUUUAAUAAAAAGAUCGAAAUAGCAGCUAAAACAUACAAUGCAUCCGCCGUGGUCAUUUACAACUCCAAAGAGGAAAAAGAGCCCGUCAACAAUAAUGAAGUUGAGUUACCCACAGGAGUUGAAGAUGUGGUGACCAUCUACAUAAAAAAUGAAGAAGGCCAACAGAUUGUGAAUCUUUUAGAAAAGAAGUACAAAGUGUUGAUGCAUAUAACAGUUGGAACUGUAACGCUACCCAAGACAGAAGACCCUACCUUCAAUCCUCACAACAUUAGCAAGACCUCAGUCCUCUUUGUCUCAAUUUCUUUCAUUGUGCUGAUGAUUAUCUCCCUUGCAUGGCUGGUCUUCUACUAUAUUCAACGCUUCCGUUAUGCUCAUGCCAAAGAAAGAUUAACGAGACGAUUGGCGAGUGCUGCCAAGAAAGCGAUAGCUAAAAUUCCCCAAAGAACAGUUAAAACUGGAGACAAGGAGUUGGAGUCUGAGUUUGACCAGUGUGCUGUGUGUAUAGAAGGAUACAAAGCCUCUGAUGUCAUCAGGAUACUCCCAUGCAAGCAUAUAUUCCAUAAGUCUUGUGUUGACCCCUGGCUCCUUGAACAGCGAAGCUGCCCAAUGUGCAAACUUGAUAUACUACGUGAAUAUGGAAUGCAGGUUCAUUUGAACAGCAGUCAGGAGAGUGUUCAUGCAGAAGUUGAGAGUGGAGCGAUUCCAUCAGCAAUCACCGAUGAUGUAGAACACCUACCAACUUCUUCAGAAGAUCAUGGAGGGGCUGAGGGCAUGAACAUAGUUCUCAUCAGUCAUCCUUCACUGCAGUACCACGGUAGUGAUACUUUCUGUGUCAAGGACGAAAUGAGUACUGAGAGCACAGCAUUAAAUCCAAUUCACUCAAGCACAUCAAAGGUGUCUCCGAAUGUACAGUGUGUACGAGCGGAUAUAGAAAUAGACAGUGAUGACCAUAAUAGUGAUAUGGAUGGAGAAUGUAAUGAACUUCAUUCUCUCAUGACCGGUCUGCCACCUGCAAAAGGAAGUAAACGAGACAGUCUGGAGUCAUAACCACAAUAUUUAAGUCAAACCAUACACAUUUGUGGCUGAAAAAAAAAAUUUGGACUUAGCCAUAUAUUGUGAUGAUAAGUGGUUUGAUAUAUGUCAGACAGCAAAGAAAGUGACUUGAUGACUGUCAGCUGGAUACAAGACAAGUGCUGCUACAUUGCUGAAAUGACUCCAUGUUGUAUACAUUCAUUUGAAAAGAAAAUGUUGACAAUGAAUUAUCUGUAAUGUUUUUGUUUGACAAGUAACAUUUAGAUCAAAUGAAUUUGUGCUUAAAAGAACCAUUCCUUGGAGAUUAUAUGCCGUCUGGAAAUGUCAUCUCUGAAGUUUGGUUCUUUUUCAAACAUGGGGGAAAUAUCUAUUCCAUUAUCCUGAGAUAUAAGUGGACAAGUACAGAGAUUUAUAUAAAAAGGGUAUGUGUGCAAUGUUAUAAAGGCUUUUCUGUGACAAUGAUUUUUCAAAAGUUCUAGGAAAAGGGGAGAUAUGACUAAAUGAAUAAUUCAGUUUGCUGUUUUGUCAACUGUCUGGCCGUAUCGUAUUCAGAUCGAGAUGUGAUUUAUAGUGCUAUGUAUACAGCCAGCAGACAUUUUAGAUACACUGGUUCGCUGACAAAUUCAUGGUAUGAUGGGAAGGAAAGUCCUUUCUCAUCAUUGUCUUUGUUAUAGUUUUGAA